CGACUAGCUCGACCUCGCGCACCUCUCUUAAGCAGUCUUAGCGCAAAUCGAAAAGGAAUUAAUCUUUUGUGAAACGAACCGUUUCGGUGUCUGAGAGUUAAAUUAAAAGUUCAGAGUUGAACUAGCAAUCGCGACGAGGACUUAUGCCCGGAAAUAUGUUACGCACAAGCGGACUGCACGAUUUGGCUGCGUUACAGUAUCAACAUAUCGGUUAGCGGUGCUCGAAGUCUAUACAGCACGUGUCUCACCAUGCACUGUAUAUAGACCAUGGUGGAAGGGAUAGUAAAUCAGCAUUGAAACGCGAGUGUCGGAUUAUCGGAAAUCGGAACGUGUCGGAAUGCCGCCUUUGUAAACAAGCUAAGAAAGUUUUGGGUUAGGUUAGGUGACUCGAUAAGACGCUGGGGCGUUUGUAUACGUGUGGCUUAUCGGAGUCGUCAUACUCGUCAUGAGUGUCUCCGCAGCUGAGGAGUCGAGGGCGCACGAGAGAAAAUUGAGGUGAACAAGAUGCAGAUGGUGUACUGGCUCGGUGUGGCUCUGGAGGGGUUCCUGUUUCCAGGAUACAACAUUACCACGGUAGGGGGUUUGGUGGCGACAUGCCUGGGCCUGGCUGCCCUCGCCGUACUCUACGAGGCCAUGAAAGUUUCCCAGAUCCACCUGCAACAGAUUGUCGUCAGGCCUAUACCUAGGACGACCUCCGCCUCCUCGGAGAGCUCGUCCCUUCUGUCCAGAAUGGCACCGAAGAACUUCAGAAUGUAUACAAGAUGUGGAAGCUGCUCAAGAUGGACACUGCAAAUGUUACACUGGUCUUUUCACACCAUACUUGGUUAUAUCCUAAUGAUGGCUGUUAUGACCUACAACGCAUAUAUCAGCAUCGCUCUCGUAAUUGGAGCAUGCAUUGGAUAUUUCAUAUUCGGCCCUACACUUGUACAAUUGAACAUGCACACUUUUCAUUGCAAACAAGCAAUUGUGGAAUGUGAUAAGAAUUGCGAAGAUACUGUCUCGAAUGAACAGAGACGCGAAUCUGCUGUCUCUAUCGUUGCAGAGCAAUUAGUCACCGAAGCAAGUAUUGAAGUUCACGUACCGAGAAAUGCGUGAGUUUUAACAUCAAAACAUAGCAGUGAGCUAUAAAUAGUAGGAAAGUCUGACAUUAUCUAGGAUGAUUGUUAUUGUUGUCAUAUUAUAUAAUAAAGUUAUACAUUUGUAUUAUACA